GCUCUGGGAACUUUUGAAAGGACGCCGACGACAGCGCCCAUUCUUACCAAAUUGGCCCAACCAGGCAUAUUAUUCGACCAAGACAACCGCCGUUCACCAUGCCUACCAUCUCUGUCGACAAGUACGACCUCUGGGAGGCCCUUGGUCAGAAAUACACCAAGGAGGAGUUCGAGGAUCUAUGUUUCGACUUUGGAAUUGAACUCGAUGAGGACACCGAGGAGGACGAGCGUCCUGCUGGCGUGCCUCCGGAGCUCAAGAUCGAAAUACCGGCCAACCGAUACGAUAUGUUAUGCUUCGAGGGCAUUCAGCUGAUGCUCAACAUUUUCCGUUCAAAGACCCCCGUGCCCAACUGGCGCCUUGUCGAGCCUGCGAGCGGAAAGCGCGAGACCUUGACGAUCACCGAGAGUACCACAAAGGUCCGCCCGUAUGCUGCUGGUGCCAUCUUGAGGAAUAUCAAGUUCACCGAAAAGAGCUAUGAGUCCUUCAUCGGCCUGCAGGACAAGUUGCACAUGAACCUGGCACGCCAGAGGACACUCGUUGCCAUCGGAACGCACGACCUCGACACAAUCCAGGGUCCCUUCAAGUACGACGCGCUUUCGCCAGAUGAGAUCAAGUUCAUUCCCCUGAACCAGAAGAAGGAGAUGACGGGGCGGGAGAUGAUGACAUUCUACGAAAAGGACAGGCAUCUGGGGAAGUACCUACACAUCAUCAAAGAUGCUCCCGUCUACCCAGUUAUGCUCGAUGCCAACAACGUUGUCCUGUCCAUGCCACCAAUCAUCAACGGCGAGCACUCCAAGAUCACGCUCAACACCAAGAACGUGUUCAUCGACCUCACCGCAACAGACGAGACCAAGCUGGAGAUUGUCACCAACAUGAUGGUGGCCAUGUUCUCCAUGCACUGCGCAGAACCCUUCACAAUCGAGCCGGUUGAGGUCAUCUCAAAACACAACGAUCGGACCAGGACUUGCCCCAACUUGACUCCCAGAGUCAUCGAGACCGAGAUUGACUAUCUUAACAACUGCACUGGUCUCAAUGAGACCCCCGAGCGGAUUUGCGAACUGCUCACAAAGAUGGCCUACGCGGCUAAGCCAUCGAAUAAGGACAAGAAUGUGAUCGAAGUGUCCAUCCCUCCGACAAGGGCGGACGUCCUCCACCAGUGCGACAUCAUGGAGGAUUUGGCUAUUUGCUACGGUUACAACAAUCUUCCAAGAUCUUCCCCAAAUAAGUCUGCAACUAUCGGGGCACCAACAAAGAUCCAAAAGCUCAGUGACAUAGUACGGAAUGAGGCUGCCUACGCCGGUUGGACUGAGGUCCUCCCUCUGAUCCUCUGCUCCUUUGACGAGAAUUACACUCAUCUGAACAGAAAAGAUGAUGGCAAAGCGAUACGGCUUGCAAACCCGAAGACCGCCGAAUACCAGGUCGUCCGCACCUCAUUACUGCCUGGUCUUCUCAAGACGAUCCGUGAGAACAAGAGCAAGGCUCUGCCAAUCAAGAUCUUCGAGUGCUCGGAUGUUGCCUUCAAGGACGAGGCCGAGGAGCGGAAGGCCCGUAACCAAAGAAACUUCGCAGCCUGCUUCUGCGGCAAGUCGUCAGGUUUCGAGAUGGUCCAUGGUCUUCUCGACCGCGUGCUGCUCAUGCUGAGAACUGCCUUCCUAACACACGAGGAGGGACUCGAGGGCAAGAGCAUCGACUACAAGGUGACCGAGAACCCUUCCAAGCCAGACGGAUACUGGAUCGAGGAAAUCGAUGAGCCUAUUUGGUUCCAUGGGCACGCGGCUGCCAUCUACCUUCGUCUUGGUGGCAAGACGGAGCAAGUCGGUCAAUUUGGCAUUCUGCAUCCAUCGGUAUUGGAGGCUUUCGAUAUACGAUACCCAGUCUCGGCGCUCGAAGUCAACAUGGAGGCCUUCCUGUAGAUAUACGCAUGGCUUCCUAUCCCGGGACUUCCUUCGAUGGAAUGAGAAAAGUAUUUGCUUGCCAUAGAGAAGAUAACCAUGAGUCAAAAUAGAGAGAGAUUUUGCAGGCCAACUUUUGCAAUUGAGAGCUUCAUUGGACUAACAUGUGGGCAUGAUAGAACGGUUCGAAUUCCUUUACAAGGUUAGAGACAGGUCGCAUGGCACUUUUUCUCUACCGAUCCAAUGCACUGCAGGCUAAUGCUCCAACCCAAUCUUGUUGGAUGACGAACCAAAAGACCAGGCGAUCUGCCUUGACCGGUGUGCAGCACUUUCAGAGUUGUGAGCGUCAGGACUCUGGGCCUCUUUCCCUGGAGAAAGGAUACGAGAGGCACCAUGUCUUUGACUUGCUAUGCCAUGGAUACCCAAGAUUAUCAUGUUGCCUACCUCGGGCCAGAUCUGGUUCAAACCUUCCCACAGCUAUGAGGAACUCACCUCGGGCAGGAGAUGGCCGACAAGGGCUUUUGAGUCAAAGAAUAGGGGGCACAAAAUAUUGAACCCUCCCAGGUGUUGUGGGAUACCAACAGGAAGGCACCACCCUUGAAGAAGCUAUAGAUGUUCCUGGGUCAAUGGAUCACAAGCCCGGCAACAACUGCACAAUUCUCUUGCUUCAAUCACAACAGUCUAUGGUCCAGC